UUCACUUGUCUCAUUUAUCCGUUGGCUUGAUAUUUGAUUUUACGACCUCCGACAAAAACGUGCAUUUCCGCUUGAUCAUUCCUUUGUUUCACCAAUUUGUUAACUGAAGAUUUGUGAAAGAAAAUCUUCUAGCCCGGUUUUUAACCCCCGAAAUAAUCGUAGUGUGUGGCUUUUGAACCAGUAUAAACCGGUAAAAACUAACACCAAAUAGAAUGACUUCCACUAAUAUCUUCACGGGGGUGGGCGGUGGCCGUAACUCCAGCCGGGUCUUGAAGCCUCCAGGUGGAGGACAUACGGACGUCCUGGGGCUUUCAGCCCCGCCUGAGAGGCCCCAAGAGAAGAAGAUCAAUCCGAGGAACAUUUCUUCCAUUACUGAGGGCACGAAUGUGAACAUGACUGAAGCAAAACCGGUGCAAAAGACUGAAGAAAAGCCGGUUCAGAGGGCGGAAGAAACCCCCAAAGAACCGGUGAAACAAGCCACUGAGGCCCCAAAGCCUUCCGCACCGGCCAAUCAAGAAGCCCCGCCCCCGCCACAAAAUAACGGCAACUCGCGCGGGCGGGUGCCCCCAGGGGGCUUCUCUUCCGGCGGUUUUUGGUAAACCAUGACUUAUGUGCUUAUACUUGUGAUGCUUUGAAUUUUUAUGACCACUUAUUUGCGAAUAUGUGCAACAGUAUUUAUAACAAUUAAUAAAUAGUCUCAUUUUGGAUAA